AUGCAAACUGUUCAAGAUGUUAUGGACAGAGUAAGCCCGUUUGCUGCUGCCUAUAGGUACAUGGCUGAAGUUGAAGCUGAAGAAUUAAAUCAGGCAGCAGCACAAAACCGUGCUCCAUCUGAAGUGCGUAUGUACAUGGGAGUUGGCAAUGACCGAAAGCGCUACAACUUGCCACAUCAUGAUGAAGUUGUGGCAGUAUUUGUUGGCCAAGAUGGAGCACCUCCUGGAAACAGGGAUGUUGUUAUCUAUCCGCGUGGAGGUGAUUUACAGAAUAUUUCCACAAUGUCUGCAAACUUGGAGCCAAUGGUGUAUCCUCUUUUUUUUCCAAGGGGUGAACCAGGUUGGCAUAAUAGGAUACCUCGUGUUGCUGUACGUGCAACCCGUACUCGCAACACUACUACAAUGUUGCAGUAUUAUACUUACCGUUCAGCUGCUCGGGAAUAUUUCAGCCCGAUUCAUUAUGGUAAGAAAUUGUUUCAGCAGUAUUGUGUUGAUUCUUAUUUUAAAGUUGAAGGUAAUAAUUUAAAUUACAUUCAAGCAAAUCAAACCAACCUUCGUGUUGAUAGUUAUGAAGGUUUAGUUGACCAUUUGAAUGCACGAGCUGAAGAGCGAGGCCUUCAACCAGGUCGUAUUGUUGUUCUUCCUUCGAGUUUUCAAGGAAGUCCACGUGCCACGGCUCAAAACUAUCAAGAUGCUAUGGCAGUUAUUGGUAAGUUUGGAAAACCUGAUUUUUUUCUGACUUUUACGUGCAAUCCAAAAUGGCGUGAAAUUACAGAAAAUUUGUUUGCAGGCCAACGUGCACACGAUCUGCCUGAUUUAGUUUCUCGAGUUUUUAAAUUGAAACUAAAUGAAAUCCUUAAAGAUGUUACUGAAAUGGGAGUUCUAGGUAAGACUAUAGCACAUGUGUAUGUUAUAGAAUUUCAAAAGAGGGGUUUGCCUCAUUGUCAUUUGGUAAUUCAUUUAGAUCCCAAUGACAAACUUAGGGAUGCAGAUGACAUAGACAGUGUUAUUUCAGCAGAAAUUCCUAAUCAACAGGAACACCCUGAGCUGUUUGAAAUUGUACGAUCGUGUAUGAUUCAUAGACCAUGUGGACAUCUGAAUCCUAAUUCCAGAUCAUCUACGGUAGCUGAAGUCAACGGAUAUCCAUUAUAUAGACGUCGUGAUAAUGGUAUACAUAUCAAUGUCAAUAAUGUUGACGUAGAUAAUCGCUGGAUUGUUCCAUAUAAUCCAUGGCUUUCCAAGAAAUACAAUGCACAUAUAAACUUGGAGGCGUUCAUGUCUGUUAAAUCUGUUAAAUACCUCUAUAAAUAUAUUUAUAAAUGUCAUGAUUGUGCCAACAUUGAGAUCAAUGAACGUAUUGAUCAUGAUGAGGUGCAGACAUUUUUAGAUGCACGGUAUGUCAGUGCACCGGAAGCCAUAUGGCGUCUUUUUGAAUUUACCAUGCACCAACAAUCUCAUGUUGUCCAUAGAUUGCCAGUGCACUUGCCAAAUAACCAUAUUGUUUAUUUUCAGCAAGGACAGGCUGAAGAGGCUCUGGACAGAGCUGCAGAUCAGGCUACAAAAUUAACAGCUUGGUUUGUGUUAAAUGCAGAGAAUCAUGAUGCUCGCCAAUAUAUGUAUCCAGACAUUCCUCUUCAUUUUGUUUUUAAUAAGAACAAAGUUUGGAAACCAAGACAACGCGGUCAUGGUAAAAGUGUGUCCAGAAUGUAUAGUGUGAGUCCUCGCGCAGGUGAGCUUUUUUAUUUACGUAUGUUGCUAUUGCAUACACCUGGUGCAACUUCUUUUGAAGAUUUACGAACUGUCAAUGGCAAUGAAGCUGUUAACUUUCAGAUGCCUCGACAAUUAAGGCAACUGUUUGCUGUGAUAUUUACUCACUGCGAACCUUAUGAUCCUUUUACUUUGUGGACAAGGUACAAGGAUGCAAUGUAUGAAGAUUAUAUUCGCCAAAUCAAUGAGGAACAUGUUGAGUACAGGCUGCUUCAAGAUAUUAAUUCUGUACUUAGGCAAUUUGGUAAAUCUCUUACUGAUUAUAAUCUUCCUCAUUUAGAUGAAUUACCCCCAGCUGAAAACAUUGAUGUAGCUAUGGAGGCUGAAAGAGCUUCCCAACUAAGGGCUCAACUUACUGACGAACAGACUGCACUGGCUAAUGCAGUCAUAGAAGCUGUUGUAAAUGUUGCUAACAAUGCAGUCCAAAACAACCGUCUGUUUUAUUUAGAAGGUGCUGAUGGUAGUGGUAAAACCUUUACUUAUAAUUACCUUAUUUCUGAACUUACAGGUAGAGGUUUUCAAGUUGGAACUGCUGCAUUUACUGGCAUAGCAGCAACACUUUUGAAAAUGGGUACCACCAUUCAUAGACUAUUCCGGUUACCUGUUCCUAUUGUAGAGAACAGUACAUGCAACAUAACCCCGGUUUCUGCUUAUGCUGCAGAAUUGCGAAAAAGAGUCUAUUUUUACUUGAUGAAGCUUCCAUGA